AUGGAGUUCGACCCCAAGACCCCCCAAUUCCUCACCUCGGAUAACUCGAGCUUUGCCUCGGUCUCGGCUAAUGAACGCUGGCCGAUCAUCAUCACCAGUGCCAUCGAUGAUCUUCAUCGAACGGUUGGCAGUGCCAGCGGCGAGGAGAAGCAGAAGGAAGGCAAGAGCAUCAUCGAAAGCCUAGCCAAGUUAAAGUAUGAGCUGCAGCAUGACCGGCAAAUUACACCUCUUGCCGACGAUGGAAACCCUGAUAUCGCCCAAUAUAACCAGGAGCUAGAGCAGCGUGGAAACCCCAACUGGCACAAUGUACCCUGGCUCUACUCCGAGUGCUACCUCUAUCGGCGCAUCGAGACUCUGUUCUCGCUAUCUACACACUGGAAGGGCUAUGACGUGUUCGCGCGCCAGAAGAUGUCGACUUUCAAGUCGUCGCGCCCUGCUGUCCUGGAGCUCGCCUCGAGGUAUCGCGAACUGGCUCUUGAGGCUGAGUCCGGCAAGGGAGUCGACCACAAGUCGCCCGAGGAGGUUGAGCAGGCCGAGAAGCUACUCUUCUCGGAGAUGUGCGAGAUCUGCCUGUGGGGCAAUGCCACCGACCUGUCGCUCCUGACGUCGCUCACCUACGAGGACAUCCAGAAGCUGCAGGGCUCGGAGGCGCGCAAGGCGUCGCAGAAGAACAUCAUCGUCAAUGACCUUGAUGCCGCCUUCGAGGUGAUGCAGAAGGCGCGCAGAGAGAAAAAAGACGGCGAGCGCCGAGUCGAUAUUGUCUUGGACAACUCCGGCUUCGAGCUGUUUGUCGACCUCAUCCUGGCCGGAUACCUUCUGUCUGCGGGUCUGGCGACUUCCAUCGUCCUCCACCCCAAGCGUCUGCCCUGGUUCGUGUCCGACGUCACGCCGAAGGACUUCUCCGAUCUUCUCAACAGUAUGGUCGACCCGCAAGCCUUUUACACGGCCGCCGACGACUCGGGUACUACCUUCCCCCCUCUGUCCGAGAAAGAGGUCGGAGAUGUCCGCUUCCUGUUUGAGCAGUGGAGCCAAUUCCACCAGGAUGGCAAGCUCAUCGUGCGCCCGCACGCGUUCUGGACUACCCCGGGCUGCUACUGGCGUUUGCCGCACGUGGCACCGGAACUGUUCGAGGACCUGAAGGAGAGCGAGCUGGUCUUGUUCAAAGGUGAUCUGAACUACCGCAAGUUGACCAACGACGCUCAAUGGGACACUACUAUCCCCUUCACGACCGCCAUCGGCCCCAUGGGCCCCAAGUCUGGCAUCCGUGUCCUCGCGUUCCGUACCUGCAAGGCCGAUACUGUCGUUGGUCUCCCCGCCGGUGAGGAUGAGAAGCUGCGCCAGCAGCCCGGCGGAGGCGGGGCCGAGGCUCGCAAGUGGGCGUGGAGUGGCAAGUGGGCUGUUGUGUCGUUUUCUGAUGGCAAGGCCUAA